AUGGCCACAUUCCUUGUAGACAAUGACUUACAUGAUUUGGGUUUCUUGGGACCCAGGUUCACGUGGUCGAAUAAUAAAUCUGGUAAUAGCAAAAUUUUGGUUAGAUUGGAUAGAGAAUUGAUGAAUUCGGAAGGUCUCAGGAUGGCCCCCUUGGCCACGAUGAAACAUCUUCUUCGGCUUGCUUCGGACCACUGUCCGUUAUUGUUGAAUAUUGCGGCUACCAUUCCGAGACCUGGAAGUAGAUGGUUUCUAUUUGAGGAUAUCUGGAUGACUUAUCCAGCUAUAUGGAAGCUUGUAUGGAAGAUUUGUUACAAAAAUGAUUAUGGGCAGCCGGCUGAGGUGUUAAACCGCAAGUGCUCUAGGACUCUUAGAGCUUUGUUCUUUUGGAGGUGA